AUGCUAACCUCGACCAAGGCCGUCGCGGUCGGAUACCGUGAGUAUCGCGAGGGUCUGCAUAUGGAGGUGUCUCAUGAAGACGUGAGUCUAAAAGUCAGAUGGAAAAUCGAUUUCGUCGUCCUUCCUAUCUUCAUGGUGACCCAGGCCCUGCAGUCUAUGGAUAAAACCGCUCUCAACUACGCGAACCUGCUGGGAUACCAGGAAUCAUUGGGUCUGCGCGGCGAACAGUUCAACUUUCUCUCUGCUAUGGUGUACGCUGGAUAUUUCUUCGGUCAAUAUCCCAGUGGCUUGCUUAUCGGUCGAUUUCCUGCUCAGCGCGUCCUCGGAAUUAGCUGCUUCCUGUGGGGCAUCACGGUUAUUGUCAUGACCCAGUGCCGUACGUAUUCAAGCGCACUGGCGAUUCGAUUCAUCAUGGGUCUGUUUGAAGCUGCGGCAACCCCGGGUCUCACGCUGAUGACGGGAUUCUGGUAUACACGGAAGGAAAUCCCCCUGAGGCAGUGUAUUUGGUGUUCGUCUCUGGGCUGGGGCGGUAUCGUCGUUUCCUAUGUCUGCUACGGGAUUUCCACUCUUCCAGCGACUUUCAAGCCGGACCGUUGGGCGCUGCUGUUCUACAUCCUUGGGGGCACGACAUGUCUCUGGGCACUGGUCAUCUGGUUCGUUCUCCCUGACUCUCCUUCCGAUGCUUUCUUCUUGACCCGGACCGAGAGGGUCAUCGCAGUCAAGCGCGUGUCUACCAACGAGACGGGCAUCAAGAAUCGUGUCUUCAACCAGAAGCAAGUGAUGACAUGUCUCAAAGAUCCCAAAGCGAUUCUGCUGUUCAUCUCGAUUUUCGCGGGUUCCGUUCCCAGUGGCGUCCUGAAUUGCUUUUCCACCGUCAUCAUCAAAGACAUGGGAUUCUCUGUGACCAAAACGACCCAACUGAAGUCUGUCGGCGAUGCGGUGCAAAUUGUGGCCCUUCUGAUUGGAGGCACCAUCACCCUCAAGGUUCCCAACUCCCGUCUUCUGACUGUCACGGCGUCCAAUGUCAUUUGCACCGUCGCCGCGGCGUGCAUGGCCUAUAUUCCACGACAUGAGACUUGGGCCCGGCUGGCUUCAUUUUGGCUGGUCAACGUGCAGUCCAUUGCAUCCGCUGUACUGCUGGUCACUGUCUCCUCGAAUAUGGCGGGUUAUACCCAUCGGGCGAUUGCCAACACCAUCGUGUUCACGGCAUACUGUUCGGGCCACUACGCCAGCCCAUUUGUGGUCAAGCCAUCGCAGGCGCCGGCGUUCAAGGGUGCAGCCAUUGGGCUUUUGGUGGGAUUCACUAUCAAAGCCGCUUGCGACUUGGCUCUCUUGGCUUACAUGUAUUCCGUGAAUCGAGGCCGAGACAAGAAGUAUGGCCCAGCGGACAAGGCUCUCAGCGACGAGGCGGGCAUGAAGGACCAGACCGAAUUUGAGAACAAGAAUUUCCGAUAUGUUCUAUGA